AUGAGUGAUUCCUGUUGUAAAAUACGGAAGGAGGACUAUGAGAAAUAUGUGGACGAAACACCUCUUGUGGCCUAUACAUCCUUGGCCCUGGUAAUGGUUGUUCUCUCUAUCUUCUCAAUACCCUCGUUGUUCAUAUACAGCUUCAUCCCUAUGUUUAUGGCUAUGGCCACUAGGUCCCAGAAUCAGGACCGUGUGCUUCUGUCCAUUCUGGGGUGUAUGAUGGGAUUUAUGACACCUACUCUCUUAAGGAAGCAGUAA